CUCUCUCUCAACUCUCUGUCUCCUUCUCAACGGACCUGACUACUCCUUCAAUUCUCACCCCUUCCUUUCCCCCCAAAAACCUCUUUCAACUCCUGGGACAAGCAGUUUCUUGACUGUCAGAGGGCCAAACUUAGAUAUCUGAGGUUUUCCCUUUUUUUCUGCCAUCUCCGCUCCCCAAAGACCAGAAACGUUUUGUCCUCCCCAGCCUUCCUCCACUGUGGGACCAGACACACAACUCCUUCACUUGCCGUGGACGGCGGAGCCAACCAUGCCCUCCGACUUUCUAACGCCUUUCCUGGAACUGGAUGAGGAGUUCUUCAAGAAUUUCCGUGGCCUGGAGGCGACAGAUGGCUCGUCAGCCGGCUCGUCAGCCGGCUCGUCAGCCGGCUCACAGCCGCAACGGCAGCAGCACAGUCAGAGAGUCUUGGGCUUCCAGCGUCGCCAUUCUCUGUGCCCCGUGACCCUCCCCAACUCCAAGUUCAACAACAGCAGCAGCAGUGGCAGCAGCUCUGAGGUGACCGAUGGAGCAGCUGGCUGGGGGCUCAACGUGGCCUCCAGCCAGGGGUGGAGCGGGGAAAGUCAGCUUCCCCGCUCCACGCUCAGCCACAUCCCCUUCAGGGUCGACCGCUCGGUCAGCAUGAUCGAGGGCAACGUCAGCGGCUCGGGAGGCAUAGAGGACCAGAUGGCUAACCUGUCCCCAAAACUGCUGCUCCCACCACCGGGCUUCUCUUUCAGCAACGCGUCCCUCUCCUCCAUCGCCUCCCCCUUGGCCUCCAGAGCCCUGGCCCCCUCGCCUCACAUCUCCACCCGGUACAAGACCGAACUCUGCCGCACCUACGAGGAGAGCGGGACCUGCAAGUACGGCGCCAAGUGCCAGUUCGCCCACGGCAUGGACGAGAUGAGAGGCCUCAGCAGGCACCCCAAGUACAAGACGGAGCCGUGCCGCACUUUCCACACGAUAGGCUUCUGCCCGUAUGGGGCCCGCUGCCACUUCAUCCACAACGCCGACGAGAUCCUCGACGGCAACGCCGGCGCACCUCCACAGAAGCAGAAGAUGAGGCCUCCUCUGCUGCGCCACAGCCUCAGCUUCGCAGGGUUCUCCUCUUCUCUGCAGACUUUCCAACCAGUUGAGGAGUUGCAGCCUUCCUCCCUCCUCUUCACCCGGGCCUCCUCCGUCUCCCCCCCUCCGUCCUCCACAGGGAGCCCGGAGCUCCUCUCACCUCUCUUCCCUGAGCCGGGGGCCCUGAAGCAUUGCCCCUACCCUUUCUCCGGGAUCCCUGACCUGGGUUCGGACGCCGGCGAUUUGGCUCUGCGAUUCUACGCAAUGAACGAUUCUGUCGGCAACAGGUGUCCCGCCUCCGCUUUCGCCUCCAAAAACCCGAACCUCACAUACCACCUCCCCCAGCAGCUGCCGGUCUCCCUGAACGUCCUGGCCGGCCUCCAGCGCUGCUCGUCGGCGGACUCCCUCUCUGAGGAAGGCUAUACCUCCUCCUGCUCCCUCAGCUCUUCCUCCAGCGGCACAGAGUCGCCGAGUUUCGAGGGCCGACGCCUCCCCAUCUUCAGCCGGCUGUCUGUCACAGACGAGUAGGGAAGGGUUUUACUGUAGGGCUGGAUUUCAUCGGGGGGUAGACAGUCUAAUUGUUUUAUUCAAUGUGACAAGGAUCUGACGUCGGGUUUUGUGUCCGGUCCAAAAACAAGAUACAAGAUACAAGUCCUAAAGGGUUAAAACAUUAGGUAUUCAGCUCCUCCCUAAAUCUAGCCUGGUAAACGUACCUAACUUUGUGCAUAUUGCAUUCCUCAUCCAAGCAGUUGUAGCGCUGCUCAGUGUUUGUCCAGUUUUAGCUGACUUCUUUUUUGUUUCUUUUCUGUUUUAUUGUAUUUUUUAUGAAGUUAUCUUUUGUGCCAUUGUUACUGCUGUAUACUGUUGUAUACCCAUUUUUUAGAGAAUACUUUGAGGGUACUUCGCAUAGCUCGAUAUUUUAGCCCAUAUGCUAUUCCUGCUGGGUGGGUAAGUUAUGUGAGAACUUUCCUUUACCCUGAUUUAAAAAGGAUUUUUAAGAUGAAUGCUGUUUGGUCCUGGUGUGCUAUCCACUUUUUUUUUCUUUUCACUAUAGCAAUGUUGUUUUUUUAACAGAUCUUAUUUGUACUCUGUACAGUUUAUAGUGACACCAGCCUGCAGCACUUCUCCAGUCAUAUUAGGGCUCUCCAAGUGUGUAAACCAACCUCUUAUCACUGUAUGCUGUCACUGAUUGAUUCAUUGAUUGGUUGUAUGGCCGUGGCUACGUGAUUGUAUUGGUCAGCCAUUUUUACUGCCUGGCAAGGAUUCAGCUUCACUGCCUUUUCAAAGUGUAGACGACCCACUGACUCUCUAGUUACCAAAGCUGAUGUUAGACUUCCCCCUAACCUGCUAGUACUGUUAACGCCUCUAGCCUAGUCUUUAACCAUGACCGGUAAAACACAGUGUUCGGAUUAUAGCUUAACACUUUCAUAGACUUAUUUAUUGCUUUUUUUGUAUAAUUCGUUGAGUUUGCUUUGUGGUUGUGUCUUAUGCAUUGUUUUUUAUAAUACCAGAGAAAUGAUGCAUCACUUAUGCAUUCAUGAUGUCCAUCUGCUUGGUUUGUGCUAUCCAGUAGCUUUAAGAAGGCUCGCGGAGAGGAGGGGGAAAAGGAGGAAGAAAAACAUUUUUGGCAUUCUAUAUGUACGUAUGUUGCCUUAUUGGCUAAUAGGCCUGGCAGAAAUCAGGACUUGCUGGGUUCUCACAGCGAAAGCAGCUCCACGAGUCGGUCAUCUGCAGGGCCCUCCGUCGGUGGCACGAGCAACACUGCUGUCGUUGUGAGCAUCGAGCGAGUCUACUCUCCUCUCCAUGAAGCCUCACACCUCUGACUGUAAUAACCUUUUUGUUCAGCGCUGUUAUCUAAAUACAAAGCAAAGCGGUGGGGGAAGAGGGGUUCGCCACAGCGGCCAAUAAAAACCUGUAAUGGUCGACAGCUACGCAGCUAUCAAAUGAAAUGUUGAUGCUAGAAAAUUCGGUUGUGGUCGUUGUGUGUGUAAAUCCCUGCUGUCUUCUUGUUAACAGGUGACCUUUGUUUGUAGUUGAUUUUUAUCUAUCGGAGUUGCCUCGAUGACAAUGUGUUUGUAGGUCCACCUCUGUUGCACGCUAGCUAGCUAGCUAACUCUCCGAGUGGCAGGUUAAAUCAAGCGAGUUCAAAUGAAACCAGGCAAGAUCGGCAUUGCUUGUUUUCCAUCGUGAAGUCAACUUAGACUGCCUCGAGGAGUCCGGAGACGCUUCUCGUUGCUGUAGUUUAUUGUUAGCUUGACCCGGCAGCAAGCCAUUUUUUUGUAACUUUUGUUAACUUAAAGCCUUAUUUAUUUUUUUGUUUUUCGAAGCGAAACCUAUGUUGUGAUGUUUGAUAUGUUGUUUUUUUUUACAUAAUUUAAGUGCAUUUAUUGUUUACAUUCCAUGGGUUAUGUUGAUAUCCUAGCUCUUCAUCUUAAUAUAUUGUCCCCUUUUAUUUCAAAAUAAAAGUCUUUGAAA